AUGCCGUCCGCCACAGCCUCUGGAGCAGACAAUGGGGGCUCAGCGAAAUCCCGGGAGCACAACCAAGGCAAUCAGGACCGCAAAUACACACCGGAGCAGAAGGCAGCCGUGCUGAGGAUUAGGAAAUGCUCGACCACGGCGUUCUAUGAGAUUUUAGCGGUGGAGAAAACCGCCACCGAUAGUGAGAUCAAGAAGGCGUAUCGCAAACUGAGUCUAUUGACGCAUCCCGACAAGAAUGGAUAUGAGGGGGCGGACGAGGCUUUCAAAUUGGUAUCUCGUGCUUUUCAAGUACUGUCCGAUUCCGAAAAGAAAGCCAAGUAUGAUAAGUUCGGAGGAGAUCCUGACAGCAGGUUUACCCCCAGCGCUGGGCCAUCAGGUGCUUCGCCCUUCAGCGGCUUUGGCGGCGGAUUCCCGCGGUCAGGGGGUGGGGGUCCGAUGUUCGAGGAGGAGAUUUCGCCAGAGGAGCUCUUCCAGCGAUUUUUCAGCGGUGGCUUUGGUCCCAUGGGAGGCGGUUUCGGCGGCCCUCAGUUUGUCUUCAACAUGGGAGGCGGUCCUGGAUUCCGGGUGCAUCAAUUUGGCGGCCAGCGGCCUCGGAGGAGGCCCCGUGAAGCCAAUGGCCAGUCCGAGCCGGCGCAAUCCCUCUGGUCGACGUUCCAGCAGCUUCUCCCUCUCAUUCUUCUCUUUGUUCUUCCUUGGAUCUCUUCUCGUUUUUCCGGUACUCCUGCGCCUUCAGGACCUUCUUACAGAUUUGACGCUGCAGUUUCCCCUCACACCAUGCAUCGCACUACGCCCAAGCUGAAUGUUGAUUACUACGUCAACCCGAGAGAUGUGGAUGAUUACAGCGCCCGCAAAUUCCACCAACUGGACCAACGAGUGGAAGUGGACUACGUGACGAAACUGCGAUACGAAUGUGACAGUGAAAGACACACGCGGGAUCGCAUGAUUCAGGAUGCUCAAGGAUGGUUCUUUCCGGACGUCGAGAAGAUCAAAGAGGCAAGAUCAAUGGAGAUGAAGAGCUGCAAACGACUGGAUUCGUUGGUGGGGAGGUACUGA